CCGAAGGCUCACUACGCGUCUCAUUGUCGACCAUCAUCAUGGCGCCCACCGACGUUGCGCCGCCUGACUACGUAGCGUCCUCUGGCGCGCUCCCAGACUAUUCGCCGUCCACUCCCUCACCCAACUACUCCUCGCGACUUCUGCAGGGCGAAGAGGUGAUUGAACACAGUCGUCGGCCGUCCUUGCCUUCUCGCAUUGGGUCGUACAGACGCAUCACGGAGCGGGUAACGGUCGUCCUGAACGAUCAGAUACCAGGCAGCGUUCAACCCCUCUACGGCCGGCUCGACUGCAUACGUGGAUAUCUCGCAAUUCAUGAUGCCACCGACCUCGUCGAAGUCGCCAUCAAGCUUCGAGGCAAUAAAGGCGUCGGCCUCACUCCCUACACGACCGUAAUGCGCACAAGAAUCCUCGAGGAGUCAUUCACACUUUGGGAAGCAAGCGCGACACCAAAGCGAUGUCCGAGUAUGAUCCCCUUCGCGGUCAUAUGGCCUCCGACUUUCUCGGACGCAGGCCAGACGCGCCCGCUACCUCCUUCGUUCACUUGCCACGCGCUCUCUUCUUUCGUUUCGUAUGAGCUUAUCGUCACACUGUCGAAGCGGAAGCAACUCUUUCAACGGUUGGCAAAGUCCACGAAUAUCUGCGUAUCAAUACCGCUUUCUUACCUCCCACGCACGCGCCCGCCAGCACCGAUGAUCCCAAGCGAGCUCCCCUUCUUGUCCACGGUAAAGAGCUCACCAGAAGAGUGGCACCAGAUCAUGCACUGCAUGCAGUUCGCCCGGAAUCCCGAGCUAACACCUAUACAAUGCUGCUUAUUCGUCCCCGCAGUUCGUACCUACGCCUUCUCGGACGUCAUCCCGUUCCACAUCCAGUUCCGCACAUCUGAAUCGUCUUUGAACCUUCUCACAGGCGGCAGCCACGGAUCGCUGAACGACGGAGGCAUCCGGACGCGUGUAUAUUUACUUCGAAGGAUCAGCACGCGGGUGUACGAGGCCAGCAGGUCCAGCGCGCAAUUCGUUCUCGGGGAGGGGAAGAUCACGUCUGUCAGUAGACCCGUGCCCGCUCGCACUCGCUGUUCAACCCGGAGCCACGACGACGACGUGGAAGACGAUCUUCUUGUUCUCGACUGCGACGGCGAGCUCGUGUGCCCCAGCGACACCAGCGAUGGGGGCCCCGACGCCAUCGUACCCACUUUUGGCAUUACUGAUCUAGUCAUCCGUGACUUGAUCGUGCUGGAACUCAGGAUAAAGUCGUCGAUCAUUGGCAUCACGCAUGAACACCCCGUGCGCCUCGUGACGGACCCUUGGACAAACGAUCCUCCGUACGAGUGGUGCUGAGUGACUGCCGACGUACCGCAUUGACGUCACUCAUAGCGAAGAAGAUCACUAUGGUUUGCGCUAUGGAUAGGGCCCCGCUGCCAUCAAGCUCUAGCCCUCGUCAAAGAAGACAGCGGGCUAGAGUCUCAGAUAUCGCACGAGAGGCGUGAAUGGUCUUGUUCUACCACCCUCUAGAUCUGGUUCGACUUAUUAUCUUUUCACUUUGUGGAUUCCUGCAUUUAUGGUGGUUUUUUGGUGGCCAACAAGCUGCACGUUCGUUGGUGUGCGUGACAGGGGGUAAUAGCACAGCCACGGAGUUGCACACCGCGAAUCUCGUACUCGCUGGCGGAACCCGUUUACUGGUCAUCACAAACCACUCAUAUUCUAGGCAGCAGACCUCUGCAGGACUCCGUCUACCAUACGUCCUUGUUGUCUGAGUGUAGAUAACCUAAAUUUAGAUCGAGCAUUAC